CCAGUUUCAUGAUCGAAUGGCUCGUAAUGAACCAUCAUCUCAGCAGCCGAGUAGUUCCGGGAGUAAUGGAACUCCAGCACAACAAAACGGGUCGGCAAAACCAUCAAAAGUCACAGUAAAAGUCGUCAACGCGUCGUUCACCAAGGCAGCCGACUGCUAUGUCGAAAUCACGAGUGACACGUCAUCGGCGGCGCCAAAAAAGACGACUGUAAAGAAGAAGACGAUGGCGCCCGAGUGGAAUGAACAUCUCAACGUUCAUGCAAAUGAAUCUUCGACAAUUUCGUUUCGUCUAUUGCAAAAAGCCAAGCUAUUCGAUGACACGUGUCUAGGGAUGGCGAAGCUGAAGCUUUCGAGUCUCACAAGAAAUGAGAAUGGAGAGUUCAAAAACGACAUCAACAAUAUAUCUUUGCUGGCCAAAGACUCCUCGAAAAUCGGAACUCUCAACAUAAUUUUCUCCGGAUAUCCAGAGCGGAAACGAAGAAGCGCAGGAGUACGAGCUGAAACCGCCGCGUCUGCAAGUUCAGAGGCAUCCACGUCAAAUGGCGUUGCCACGUCAUCCUCGGCGCGGAGACCGGCGACAGCGAAGCGUGACACUUUGGCGGCUCCAACGAGUACCGCAGCGGCGGCAGCAGCAGCAACAGCAGGCGGCACCCCGGCCGCCGGAGCAGAAGAACAGCUUCCCGAUGGAUGGGAGAUGCGUUUCGAUCAAUACGGACGCAAGUACUACGUGGAUCACACCACCAAGAGCACCACGUGGGAACGCCCGUCUACUCAGCCAUUGCCACAGGGAUGGGAAAUGCGAAGAGAUCCGAGAGGAAGAGUGUAUUACGUGGAUCACAACACGCGCACGACCACCUGGCAACGACCGACAGCCGAUAUGCUUGAAGCACACGAACAAUGGCAAUCGGGAAGAGAUCAGGCGAUGCUUCAAUGGGAACAACGUUUCCUUCUCCAGCAGAACAACUUUAGCGCCGACGAUCCACUCGGACCAUUGCCCGAAGGAUGGGAGAAGCGUCAGGAUCCGAAUACGUCGAGAAUGUACUUUGUGAAUCAUGUAAAUAGAACGACACAAUGGGAAGAUCCGAGAACACAGGGUUUCAGAGGCUCCGACCAACCUCUUCCGGAUGGUUGGGAAAUGCGAUUCACCGAGCAAGGCGUUCCAUUCUUCAUCGAUCACCAGUCUAAAACCACCACCUAUAAUGAUCCAAGAACCGGAAAACCCGUCGGCCCGCUCGGCGUCGUCGGUGUUCAAAUGGCCAUGGAGAAGAGUUUCCGGUGGAAAAUUGCACAAUUCAGAUAUUUAUGCUUGUCAAACAGUGUGCCUAAUCAUGUCAAAAUCACAGUAUCCCGUAAUAACGUGUUCGAAGACUCAUUCCAAGAAAUUAUGCGUAAAAAUGCAGUCGAUCUACGCCGGCGGCUGUACAUUCAAUUCCGAGGCGAAGAGGGUCUCGACUAUGGAGGUGUCGCCAGAGAAUGGUUCUUCCUGCUGUCGCACGAAGUGUUGAAUCCAAUGUAUUGCCUAUUCAUGUAUGCUGGUAAUAACAAUUAUAGUCUUCAAAUCAAUCCAGCUUCAUUUGUUAACCCGGAUCAUCUUAAGUAUUUCGAGUAUAUUGGACGAUUCAUUGCCAUGGCGCUAUUCCACGGGAAAUUCAUCUACAGCGGUUUCACGAUGCCAUUCUACAAAAAGAUGCUCAACAAGAAGAUUGUUUUAAAGGACAUUGAACAAGUCGAUUCGGAAAUUUAUAAUUCAUUGAUGUGGAUCAAGGAUAACAAUAUCGAUGAAUGCGAUAUGGAGCUCUAUUUUGUUGCCGAUUACGAGCUGCUCGGCGAGCUCAAGACUUAUGAGCUUAAGGAGGGCGGUACAGAGAUUGCUGUUACCGAGGAGAAUAAGCUUGAAUACAUCGAACUGCUCGUUGAGUGGCGCUUCAAUCGCGGUGUCGAACAACAGACAAAAGCCUUCUUCACCGGCUUCAACUCGGUCUUCCCGUUGGAAUGGAUGCAGUAUUUCGAUGAAAGAGAGCUCGAGCUGUUGCUCUGCGGAAUGCAGGACGUUGAUGUGGACGAUUGGCAGAGAAAUACUGUCUACAGACAUUAUGCUCCACAGAGCAAGCAGGUAACCUGGUUCUGGCAAUGGGUUCGAAGUCUGGACCAAGAAAAACGUGCCCGGCUCCUACAAUUCGUCACAGGAACGUGCCGUGUGCCAGUCGGUGGAUUUUCCGAGCUGAUGGGCUCGACGGGACCACAACUAUUCUGUAUCGAGCGUGUCGGCAAGGAGAACUGGCUCCCACGGUCGCAUACGUGCUUCAAUCGACUCGACUUGCCGCCAUACAGAAGCUACGAUCAGCUCGUCGAGAAGUUGAGCAUGGCGAUCGAGAUGACGGAAGGAUUUGGAAACGAGUAGUCUCCCGUUGUUUUUUUUUGGUUUUGCUGGCCGCCUAAUUAUUGUAUAACCCUCAUAUUUCUUCUCACCCACACCCCAUUGAUUUUCCUUUUUUUUCUCUCCAUCAAUUAAUGUUUCUUUUUUUCGAAUUUGUGUGAUAAUUUUCGUGUUGUGAUACCACUUGCUUAGGUUCUCUCUCUCUCUUUCCUUUCCUUCUGGGUAUGUACCUAUAUUUAGAAUAUAGACAAAGCAUCUAGUUUUUUUGGAUUUAAUUUCCAAAUUUCCCGUUUAAUUCCAACAACAAAAAAACAAUUCCACCACUUUUCAAAUAUUUUUUUUGUGUCCAUUGCUUCAUUGCUUUUCUUCUUCUCAACCAUUUCAACCACCACCACCCAAUCUGCGCCUUAUUCUUACUUGGUCCUUGUCAUUCUUAGUUCCAGUUUUUUUCACGGAAGCAGCUCUCGAUUAUUAAUUCAAAUGCAUCCCCCCAACCAAUCCGUCACCCCCCGAUUAGAACAAUUUCUACUUUUUUUUUUGAAAACAAAAAAAAACACAAUUCCUCGAUUUGGUUGUAAUGAAUUUAAUUUUUUAAAU